GUGGGUUUUCUUAGCAUCCCAAGGCUUGAUCUGAGAUGAAAACGUAGGUGGAGCAAUCCCAGUACACACCGGUGUAAGCAUUUUUGCCCAUGAACGGGUAGAUGUCGGCAGUUUUUACUGGCGCCCUGCACGGCUGAAGUCGCCAAAACUUUCGCCGGUCAAGAGCCUGUUUGAGUCUUUUUGCUGAUGUCGAUUGAACGCAAGAGUUUGUCAUUGCGAAGGUUAUACAAAUGCGGAGUCGUAACGCAUGUUUUACCUCACUUUUGAAGUUUCUUUGGGUCCUUUCCGUCCAGUUGCAUGCAAGCACUUGCAACUUCGGGCUGGACCGUUUUCCUCAUUAGGGCGGAGAUCAAGGCGUUCAUUUUCGCUGACGAAAAGACGCUAUUUCGGAAGAUUUGCCCACUAUGUCUUUUAAACCAUGAGCUCCCCUGGCCAUCAGGGCACGGAUGAGCCGCAUCUGCCGUCUCGCCUGCCUCCCGAAAGUGACCGCGAUUCUCGAUUUUCUCAAUCGUCCCCCGAGCCUUCCUCGUGGGCCUCGUCUACGGCCUCGUUCCGCAGUUGUACUGCCCCAGAGUCGAGCAACGGGAAAAAUGACUCUGGAAGACAAAACGGAUCCGUGUGGGAGUCGUUCUAUUCCUCCCCAACGCAAAAGAGUCUUUCACAUAGUUCCUCAAGCCGCCAGUUAUCGCACACUCAGCGAAGAAACUCUGGCGAGCUGAGCCGAGUUCGGCGGGCGUCCUUUCAUUCAAGCACAAGCCCGGGCGGCAGGCGGUGGAGCUCAAUCACAGAGCCCUUUUGCACAUGGAGUACAUUCAGAGGGAAACACGCAGGUUCUUUUAACCAGGGGACCUUAUCGACUCCUGAAUCGGAUGCUUCUCCAGUUGCCUGCGCCCCAAAGCGGGCCUCGACACGCUGGACUCCCCGACGAGCAUCUAAGGGAUCCUCCAAUGUACCGACGUUUCCAAACAUGUUUUCCAAUGGAUGUGGCGCCCCUGAAAUGAUGCCUCAUUCCCGGAGUCCACACCUCCCAGACUACCCAGACCGGAAGAGAAGCCAAGAGCAAAUUCCUAUGGUGCAUGCCCCUGAAAAUGGCUCCAGAAGCGGCUCGCGAGCGCCUUGUGAGGUGUCUGAGUGGAACCGCUCCUCUUCGGCGAGGAUAGAACUCACUUCUUCUCCAGAGGCUCACACUAAUAAGAACAACCACAGAGGAAGUGCCGUUCUGGGUGUGCAGCGAACAGACGGUGUGGAGAGAGACGGGGGGACUGGAGAAGGACCCUCAUCACAUUUUUCUUCUCACUUCACUGGUGGACUUGCAGCGGCCGUUGCAGGGGUACGAACACUGCUGCCCAAAGUUGGGACCAUCUGGUCGCGAGUUUCGGAUUCCGUGUGGCGGAUGGUGGUAGUUGUGGGAGGUACGAGUAUAUGCUGUUCAUGUGUUACUGUUUUUUUUCUUGCCGUCGCGUCCAUGUCUUUCCUCCUUCUCAGCGCGUAUGUUACACCUCCUCCUCUUGCUGAGUUCCCGGUCUACUUCGACUACUUCCCCGCCCUUUCUGAAGCUCUGAGUACUUCUCCGUUCGUUUCAGAGAACUUCGUUCCGCCUACGCCAACGUCUUCUGUCGCGGCCUCUAUCCCUUCGCCUGUAUCUUCCCCGAAGUCAUCAGUCCCCAUGUCUUCGUGGAUCCAAGUAAACUCCACGUGGUCCGUGUCGAUUCCUUCUGCGAUUCUCGUGGACGAGGACUCGCACGGCGGUUCUGCAUUUCGAAGGCGAUGCUCCACCGGAGAACUCAGCCCGUUUUGGAGCUACCUUUGUCAUCCUUCCGUUCUAGAUCUGCUGGUCCGCCGGCCUGCGCGAGUACACCGGAAUCCGCGUACCUGGGAGGAACGUGGGGAAUUUGUGGGUCUUUCUGACUCGGGGCGCGACUUCGAUAUCCCUGUGUCAGUUGACUCUUCUUCGGAGCAUGAAAAAGUCUGGAGAGGCGUGUCAUGGAAUUCUUCACCGGGAGCCUUUGAAGCUAGCGGAGACUUUCCGUGGUCAUCCUACCUUAUGCCAGGCUCCUCCUCCAUCGCUGUGGCGGCUGUCCCGUUUUCGAAUCGGUCGUGGGAGUUUCUCCCCGCGGAUGCGCAAAUGUAUGCGCCUCCAGCCCCACUCUCCGUGCACAGGAAGACGAAGCGCGCACCUGUCCCGCGCAUGGCGCAGUCCACCGGAGAGGAUAAAGAUCUCUCGGCCUCUUUCUUUGCAACACUAGAUGCUUCUCAGCUUCCCGCAGACAAUAACCUCGACGUGUAUCUUACCACGUCUUAUCCACUCAACAGGUGGAAUUCCCAGUUGCCACCGGUUAUGCUUUCGCUGCUGCUCUUUUCCUCCAACCACACUCCGGUGGCCAAGGCAACCAGGUCUCUUCUGCCCGGCACCCCGACAGACAGGAUGGCAAGGUCAGCUGCUGUCGUUCCUGAGCAUUCGUGGACCUCUUGGCUUGCCCCAUCGUCUUGGUUCGCGACCGUGUUUUCACUUUUUCCUCUAACCUUCUUUCGUGCUCCUGAAACCCGACCAACGGAUGUUUUCUCUUCCAUGCUCUUCUUUGAGGCCUUCCCUUUUCCUUUAACGCGACGAGUGCAGUAUGCCCAAGUGCUGAUGUAUCCUCCACUUCACGCUUCUAGGGCUGCCCUAGUUUUCGUUCCGAAGCUACAUGGCUUCCGCGCUUUCCUCGCUGCUCACUGGUCUGCUGUCCUUUUUUUUCUUGUUGUUUGCUUGUUCUUCUGCUGUGCAUCAUGCACCUGUUGUGGGGCCCUUGGCUUGACUUACUUUGUACUCCCCCUCGGAAUCAACGACCUUGACGACGGCAGCAACGCACACAUUCCUCAUGGAGGUGAUAAUACAACUACGGAAAGGAAUCAGAACCAUGACAACAGCCCGCGGUCGCGCCACGGAAGCUUGCCCUGCUCGUGCAGAGCUUGUGCUCCUCUUGGACAGACCCAGUCGCCGGAUGGUAUCUCGCGACCUAACGAAGCUGUCCCCCUAGGCGGCUGUGAACUUGUUCCUCGCCAAGUUACAAAUUCUGUACAGGAUGGCGGCAGAGAGCCUCGUUUGAUGGACGCAUCUAAAGACCUACCUGCUAACGAUGGAAAAAACCACCCGUGCAGCGACCAAGAACAACAUCGAUUUGCUCCCGCCGUAAAUCAGGAAGGGACUGCACGUGAAGCGCGCGUGGAUUUUGAGUUGUUGAAACAAGAAAGGCAGAUGGACCACAAGGAAGGAGAGUCUUCUUCCUUAGUUGAGAACGAACUGGAUGCGACUCUCCCUCCCUCUCUUGCUGGAGAAGCGAAAGCGAGAGGCCUCGAACUCAGAAAAAGAAGGCCUUCAGCGAGAGAUGACUGAGUUUUGGAGUAUUGGUACACAGCGCUUCUUUGCUGUGAGCGCCACGUUGAAAACUCGUGGCAGUUGACGAUUUUUGUGCACAUCUGCCGAUCCUACCAGAUUCUACCGCUCUCCUGUGUAUACCCGUGAUGGACUGAAGAGUGGGCCGUCGGCAAAGGAGAACUUGCAGUUGCGGCCAACCAGUAGAGCGUGAAGCAUAUGGUACGACUGUAUGCGAGUGGCUACCGCGUAUUUGAGCGCCCAAUGGGGAAAUGCGUAUAAGAAUGUGGAAAGCGAAAGUUACGGGGGGCUACUAAGUUUUACGGUGUUAGAAUACGCUUGAGCACUGCAGCGUUCAAAUUGCAUUGUAUUUUACGCGUUCUUCACAUAAGACGCAACAGGUAGAGCAGAAUUCCGUAUUCAGAUGAUGAAUUCCUCGGGGUGGACUAAUCGCUGUGCGGAUAUGUCUUCGCUCACGACAUCUUAGCUCUAGAGAUAAUAAGGCAGCCUUUCCCCCCUUAAAAAACAGAGAAGAGGUUCAAUUGAUUUCGACAUUAUUUCUCAACUAUCAUGCAAAAUAUGAAAAGAGAAGGUAGUAACUUCGGG